AUGCCGCCCUCAUCGACCAGGAGGUCGGGCUUGCGCACUCGCCAGCUGCCUGAGCCUCACCAGCAGUCAGACGCCGAUACCCCAGAUUCCAUAACCACUCCUUCCAGGAAACGCAGACGGUUGAAUGGCUCCGACCGCGCCGCCGCCCCCGCUGGUGUCGAAGACCUCCCAAGAACACGAAUCACCGAGUCUGUCGCCAGCCAGGACUCGAACGCGACCCUCCCGAACGGCCAAGAGGAAGAGUUCCCAUCCGAUCCAAUCGAGAGGCAAAACAUGAUCAUCGCCUCCUUGCGCACACCCCGCGACUACACCCCCAAUGCCGCCGUCGACUACGCGAAUGAUCUACAGGCCAGGAGGAAUGAAGGACGAAACAUAGCUGCCUUUGCUAAGAUCGCAGCCCGCGACUGGUGUUUCUUCGUACAGAAGACGGUCCUCCUGAUUGGUCGAGCAGACGCUCGUUUGCGACCGAAUCCGCCCACCAGCUCGCAGGAUCCCGGCCAGGACGAAGCAGACGAUCCGGUUGCCCAGUGGGGGGUAGAUAUCGACCUUGGCCCAAAUCGACAGGUCUCUCGUGUACAUGCGCAGAUCGACUUCGACAGCACGGAACAACAGUGGUUCAUUACAGUUAAUAGCCGCAAUGGGCUCAAGUUGGACGACAGAAGCAUCGAAAAGGGAACUCGCGCCAUGCUGCACUCGGGUAUCUGCAUCGGGCUCCUUGGCACGCAGAUGCUGUUCCUCCUAGCCAACCAAGAGGAUCGGUUCCAUCCUAUGCUAUGGCGUCAGGUCAAGAGCGGCCCUGACAUGGACGCUGAGUCCGAGAAGGAAGGCCACCCGCCAUCUCGUUCUCUGCCCCACGCUCAUCAGGGCGGGCCUACUCCCAAGCGUGAGAACUAUGAUCCUUUCCCGCCGCUCUCCCACCCGCGAAAUAGGCAGACAGCAAAGGGGUUCGACAGCAGCUUAUUGACAUCUACCCCAGGUCGCACCCAACCCGACACUCCUCUCGCGAUACGUUCGUCUGAGAAGGACCCACGGAGCAAGGGUUCGCCCUUCUAUCAACGUGGGAUGAUGUUGGAUGGUAUCGAUGACAUCGAUUACAGUGCUGACAGCGCCCGUGAUAUCAAGCCGCCACACAGCUACGCUCAAUUGAUCGGCCAGGCCAUUCUGAGUAGUCCAGAAGAAAUGCUCACGCUGGCAAACAUCUACCAGCACAUCAAGGACCGCUACGCAUUCUUCCGGUUCACCAAUGGUGGUUGGCAGAAUUCCAUCCGGCACAAUCUGUCCCUCAGCAAAUCUUUCGAAAAGGUAGCUCGCCGAACAGAUGAGCCAGGCAAGGGUAUGAAGUGGAAAAUCGUGGAUUCCGAACGGGAAGAUUUUCUCAAGAAACAAAUCUUCCAUCCACGGAAGGGUGGUGGCCCCGUUCGACUCGACUCUUCCGGCCCGAAUUCUCCUGCGAUGCGCGACCCACCAUCACAAGCAACGGAACGACUUGUUGGUGUGCUAGGUCAAACUCACUCUGACAUCUUCGGGAGGCAAGAUCCUCGACCUCCGAGGGUGAAGACCCAAGCGCGCUCCACGACACCUCCGUUGACAUCCUACCCUAUGGCGAACGAAUCUUACACUCCCGACCGUGGCCCACGCCCUCAGAACCCUUUCGGUGGCCUCAAGCAAUCGCCAACACAUCAUGACGCACCCAAAUUCGCUACACCAGCAAAGAGGCUCUUCCAGGAUGCCCACGGCCCUGGUGCCUCGUACCAUCAGAUGUCUGACCGCGAACAUGGACAGGCUCCAUCUUCACCCAAUGUGGACCCCUCAAAGCACAGUGUCAGCGGUCUACGCGAUCGUUCCGCGCAUUCUCCGCCUACCCUUUACUCGGAUAGCACGGCCAUCAACGCAAAUGGCGGAAUGGGCGGUCUCAUUACCCCUUUGGUCGCAAGGCAUGCACCCCGCUUGGCACCCCCUUCGACCGUUCACGUGCCCAGUCAGUACCUGCAGCUUAGCAGUCCUGCCCCUUUCUGGAAGUAUUUCGAUAUUGAGAGCACGCCUGCAAAGGCUCCUCCUCUCGAUCUCAGCCCUACGAAAAUGAAAAAGGAAGAUGACAGUGAACAUGGUGAAGACGAGCCCGUGCAACCCAGUUCACCUCCGGUGCUACCGGAUGAAGCUAAUAGCCGAGAGGGAGGCGACCAGGAGGAGAAUGAAAAUGGCAAUGACAAUGAUGAUGAGAACGACAACGACAAUGAUAAAGAUGAGGACCUUGCACCAGAGAGCCCGACCCGGACACUUUCUCGUCCAGUCAGCCGUGCUCACCUGCCCGCUCCUCAUCACUCCCGUUCAAACAGCAAUGUCAACAGCCUCGCUCCUUCCGCUAUGGCUGGUGGCAUGGUCCGGGGUGCUAGCCUGGGAUCGUUCGAGGAGGUGGAUGAGGAGGGUGGUUUUGAUCUAGCCAAGGGAUUCCAAAAGAUCGGUUCGUUCCAUCGAAACAUGCAAGCUCAUGGUGCCAUGGGCCCGCAAUCACAAGAUGCCAGACGAAGUGUGAGCACCAACAUGUGA